ACUAAAAAUGAAACAAAAACAUUAAAAAAGUAUUAAAAGCAAUACCACAAUUAAAAUAAGCCAAUUGGCAUCGUCAAAAAUCCAAUGUCUAAUUAACUUCUCUCAAAGAUUGAAGCCCUCUGGUUGGUUUACUGGAACGCCCGCCAACUUCGGAAAUUCCUCCAUUUCCAAACCUCUCUCUCUACAAUUUUCAUAUCCUAAAUCCAUCUUCUUCUCCCAAUUUUUACUGAUUUUCCAAACACAGACACAGAUAAUAUCAAUCCCCAUUUUCUCUCUCGCUUUUCUUAAUGGAAUUGCGUGUUCUUUCAACAACUCCGAUUCUAUUUCUGAUUCCCACCACAAUCGAUGGUUUCUGAGAUGCCGCAGCUGAUGGAGAAGACGGAGGAGAAGAAAUCCCAUGUCCCGGAGGAGGAGGAAGAAGAAAAAGAUGACUCUUCGGAGCUUCAAGAGCUCCAAGAGAUGAAGAAAAUGGCGGACGAGGCUGACGGAGAACUCAGUUCCGAGUUGGACUCCGAUAAGGAAAGUCCCAAAGAAAGAGAAACCGCCGUGGAAAGCAACAAGGAAUUGGAGGUUCAAUUGGCAGAGAAGAGCUCCAAUUUGGCAAAGCUAACAGAGGAGCUCUCUGCUUUGAAACGCUCUGAAUCACAAUCCCAUACAAGAUUGGAAGAACUGGAAAAAAAGUACCAAAUCUCCAAAGAAUCAGAAGAGAAGACAAGGGAUUUAUUAGCAGCACAGACAAAGCAGCUCGAACAGACAAAAAUUUCCCUCGAAGAAUCAAAGCUGGAAAUCCAAUCUCUCAAAAAGCAAUUGGAGAAGGGUUCUUCCAACAGCCGUUACCACCAUCGCAGCCCAUCAGACAACAUUUCAACGAAACAGGAACUCGCCGACAGCCUAAAAUACGAGCUCGAAGCCACAAAACACAAACUGGGUCUGCUAAAAAACGAGCUCAAAUUAGCCACAGAAGCAGAGGAGAACAACAAAAAAGCCAUGGACGAUCUGGCAAUGGUAUUAAAAGAAGUAGCAACAGAAGCCAACCAUUUGAAAGGCAAAUACGCCACAACCGAAGAGGAACUAAAGCAAGCAAAACAAGAGGCAGAGAAUUUGAAAACGACAUUAAAAAACACAGAAGAGAAGUACAAAUCUCUGCUACACGAGGCAAGAAGAGAGGCCGAUUUGUACAAAAGCACAGUGGAGAGGCUGAGAUUGGAAGCAGAGGAGUCGCUAUUGGCGUGGAGCGGCAGAGAGACGAGUCUAGUGGAUUGCAUAAGAAGCGUCGAAGACGACAGAUUCACAGCCCAGCAAGAGAAUCGCCGCCUCAUGGACGUCCUGAGACUAGCAGAGCUCAAGAACAUGACAUCAAAAGAAGAGAUCAAGAAACUGAGGGAUAUUCUAAAGCAAGCCCUAAACGAAGCCACCGUGGCCAAGGAAGCCGCGGGAAUCGCCAUCGAAGAGAAUUCCCAAUUGAAAGACUGCUUGUCGGAGAAGGAAAACGCAUUGGAUUUCGUAAGCAGCGAGAACGAAACCCUAAAAGUCAGCCAAGCGACGGCGCAAGAAGAAAUCAAAGAGCUGAAGCGGCAGCUGGAAGAGGCCAGUAAGAAAGAAGAGAAGAACAGCAAAGAAGAAAGCAAAAAGCAAGAGGAAAGCAAGGAACAGGGGGAGAAUACCAAAUGGAAGCCGCCGAUGAGUCCGAGCCCGAGCCCGGGU